AUGUUCGGGCUCCUGGCUGGCAUCGCCGACUCCGUGGGCCUCGACCGGCUCUUCCGCCCGCAGCGCGCCUACCUGCAGCGCGCCCGGGCCGCCCAGCAAGACGAGCGCUCCCUCGUGGACCUGCAACCCGAAUGCCCCGCCGAACGCGACCCCCGCGCCCUCCUCGAAGGCUGCGUGCACGGCGACCUCCGCAUCCGGCCCGUCAGGACGGACGAGGAGAUCGCGGCGGUGGCGGACCUGCAGGCGUCGUCGUUCCAGGAGCCCGUGUGGGGGCCCGCGUUCCUGGAGUCGGCCGCACUGCAGUCGCUGCGCGCCGAGGCCAUGUCCACGCUGCAGCACGCCAUCAAGUUCUGCCCGCGCGACGCCUUCUGCUGCCUCAUCGCCGAGGCACCAGAGCCGUCCGACUCCGGCGCGUCCGUCGCGGGCGUGGGCCACGUGGCCAUCGCGGCGGACCCCUCGGUGUUAAAGGUGAUCGACCUGCCCUCGGAGCCGAUCGCGGACGUCGGCGCAGGCCGGCCGCCCUUCACGCAGCAGACCACGUACGCGUACGUGUCCUCGAUGGCCGUGGCGGAGAACAUGCGGCGGAAGGGCCUCGGGAGCGCGCUGCUGGGCGCGCUGGCGAGGGUGGCGCGCUGCUGGGGGUACCGCGAGGUCUACCUGCACGUGUACGAGGACAACGAGCCCGCCGUGAAGAUGUACAAGGCGUGCGGGUUCCGCGUCGCGUACCGCGGGCGGCCUGGCGGCCUGCUGCCGGGCGGGCGCGUCAAGCUGCUGAUGCGCGCGGUCGUCGGGCCGGACGGAUCGCUGACUGCCCCGGCGGAAGGCGACGCAGCGGACGAAGCGUGA